UCUAGUGUGCGACCGUGUUCAAGUUGGUUAACUUCUUUCAGCCCCACGUUUCCCGUCGCCACGCGAGGCUGCGAGUCCCCACCCCGUGGCAGCGCUGGGACUGUUAGCUGUCGAGCGCUGAACACAGCGCCUCACCGUGGUGACCUCUUAGUAACCUGUAGCUGCUGCGGCGGGGGUGAGGACUGUCCCCAAAGCCGCACCGCUGCCAAGUGCCCGAGCUUGUGGCUGCCCCACGUCCCGAGUUCUUGCUGCUGCGCCAGGCAGGGUGGCGUAGCAGGUGCUGGGGAAUUUGGCAGAUCCUCCGCCUCGUGAACUCUCGGUUCCUCCAGACCAGCGGUUCUCAAGCUUUUUGAUCUCAGGACCCCUUGCCCCUCCUGAAAGUUAUCGAGAACCUUAGAGACCUCUCAUUUAUAUAGGUUAAAUCUAUCUGUAUGGACCGUAUUCGAAAUGGAAGCAUUUUAAAAUGCUAAUUAACUGGAAACCCAUUACAUGUUAACACCACUAACAUCUGUGUGCGUGUGUGAAAAAUAUCUUCCUAACAAAGAGAAUGCCAGUAUUUUAUAUUUUUGCAAAUCUCUUGAAGAUCUGGAUUAAUGGAAUUGCUGUACCUGCUUCUGCUUUCAGUCUGACAUGUCAGGUAGCCUCUUGAAAAUUCCACUCCACUUGUGAGAGAAUGAGAGUGAACAAGGCAAAUAAAGUCUUAGCAUUAGUAUGAAAAUACUUUUCACUGCACAGACUCUGAGAGGGUCUUGAAGGCCCCCAGAGGUAACUGGACUUACCACACUUUGAGAACUGCUGCUCCAAACAAAUGUCUUUGAUUCCCACAAAUAACUUUGUUUCUGGACAGCUGUCAUAGCCUUGUGUGUGCGCCUCCACCAUCUCCUGGCCAACAUCCUUUCUCCUGGGAGGCAAAUGGUACCCCAGCUGCAUUGUCCAGUCAGAUUGAUGUGACAGCUGGUCUGGGUGGCUAUCUGCAAACUCUUGGAAUGAAUGCAGUGCUAUUGGUUGAGAACAUAGUGUGGCACUUAACUCUUUCACGGUUUGAGACUGAUCGUCUUCUUUUACAUACGUGAGACCUUUGCAAUUUGAUGAGCAGCAAAUGGAUUUCUCAUGGAAGUGUGUGUUGAUUCAGUAGAGUCAGCUGUAAAUGCAGAAAGAGGAGGUGCUGGUCGGAUUGAAUUAUGUUCUGGCUUACUGGAAGGAGGAACCACACCUAGCAUGGGUGUCCUUCAAGUAGUGAAGCAGUGUGUCCAGAUUCCAGUUUUUGUGAUGAUUCGGCCGCGUGGAGGUGACUUUCUAUAUUCAGAUCGUGAAGUUGAGGUGAUGAAGGCUGACAUUCGUCUUGCCAAGCUUUAUGGUGCUGAUGGUUUGGUAUUUGGAGCAUUGACUGAAGAUGGACACAUUGACAAAGAGUUGUGCAUGUCCCUUGUGGCUAUAUGCCGUCCUCUGCCAGUCACUUUCCACCGAGCCUUUGACAUGGUUCAUGAUCCAGUGGCAGCUCUAGAGACCCUCUUAACCCUGGGAUUUGAACGAGUAUUGACCAGUGGAUGUGACAGUUCGGCACUAGAAGGGCUACCCCUAAUAAAGAGACUCAUAGAUCAGGCAAAAGGCAGGAUUGUGGUAAUGCCAGGGGGUGGCAUAACAGACAGAAAUCUACAAAGGAUCCUUGAGGGUUCAGGUGCUACAGAAUUUCACUGUUCUGCUCGGUCUGCUAGAGAUUCAGGAAUGAAGUUUCGAAAUUCCUCUGUUGCCAUGGGAGCCUCUCUUUCUAGCUCAGAAUAUUCUCUAAAGGUAACAGAUGUGGCACAAGUAAGGACUUUGAAUGCUAUUGCAAAGAAUAUUCUGGUUUAGCCAGACCUCUCUGAGAGACAUGGAUAUCACAAGAUAAAGGUAGAAGAGUGGUUUUUAAUUCUCUGACACAGCUUUGACCUUCUUCUCUGGCCAGGACAGUCACAGUCUUUAAAUCUCACAUGGCUAUAGAGACUGUUUCCAAGAAGACAAAGAAUUCAAACAGAGCUACAAUCAAUUCCUUUGCUUAAUCUUGCCAGCCAUCUCCAUUAUCAUGGUUAAAUGUGGUCUAUGCUUCUUCCACAGACAAAGGUUUAAUUAGUCUAUUUUGUGGAAUUAAUUGAUGAACUGGGAAAAUUGAACUGUAAGAUAGGAAUUCAGAGUGUGACUUCAGGGUCAAUUUAAUAGCAGUAUUUUGCUUUUUCAUUUGUAAAAUAAAAAUUUCCAUUCUGUAA